AUGUGGAAGUCCGCGCUGCUGGCAGUUUGCGCCGCGCAAGCUGUGCAGCGAGAGGAGCCCAGCUUCGAGUGCAUGGACCCCCUCUUCCGGGGCCAGUGGUACACCGGGGAUAGCGACGUGGCGCAGCUGGCGCCGCGCCCGGCCAGCGAGGAGCUGCAGACCUGCGGUUUGUGGAGCGGUAGAAGCAGCUGCUGCACCGCCAACUUGGAGUUUCUGCAGCGCCGGGCCUUCGUGAGCCGCCGCUUGAAGCUGGACGCUGACCUGCAGGUGCUGCAAAGCUAUCUGGCAGCCAUGGAGGAUGUCGCCCGCUCGGAGGCCUACGUGCAGGCCCAGGAGUACGAGCAGAAGCUCCUGAAUCGUUCCAUAAAGGCCACAGAUGAAGCCAUCAGCCUGGCGGAGCCCUGCUUGGGCCGCGUCAUGGCCUUUGUGGCAGGCAUGAUUUGCUUCAGCUGUCAGCCUACCUGGAGCGCCUACGUCUGGAGGAAUGGGGUGGGCGAGGUGGUCGGGGUCAACAUCAAGCCAGAGUCUUGCAUCUACGUGGACCGGGGGUGUGGCCCUUUUGGCCGCGCUGUGCGCAAGGCCUACCUGCACAUCAUGGAGAGCAAGCUGGCAAAACGAUCGCACAAGCCUCUGCCGGACUUCUCCAUGUAUUUCAGUCGCGUGGAGAUGUGCCAAUGGCUCCGAAAUUUCUUGGCAAUGCAGCCCAUUGUGUUUGAGGCCCGUUCUGUUCAGCGGAGACUGGCCCAGAAUUCGACGACCUCCAGCCCCUUUAGGACGGCGGCGCUGCCGCGGGCCAUCGCCCGCGCCACCGCGCUGCCCACGGCGGCGCCCAGGACGCAGGCGCCGCUGGAGGCCACCAAGGCGGCGCUGGCCUUGGAUCCGGCAGAGGAUGGCUUGCACACGGACUUCGAGGUGCAGUUUCCGCCGCCUUGA